AUGUUGCAUAAUAAAUGUUACAGGGAUGAUUAUAAAGAAUUAUUUGAACUAUCUAUACUUUUUUUGAAUGGUAAUUUGGACAAUAAAUUUAAAAUACGUCCACCAGGAGCAAUGCAUCAAGCUCGCUGGAUGAGUAGAGCUAUUUACUGUUUAAAAAUAUAUAUAUUUCGAAACCAAUACUCUUUAUUGUCUUCUGAAAAAAACGCUAUUCGUGAUAUUUGUGUUUUUAUUGUUCGAUUUUAUUUAAAAGCUUGGUUCAGCUGUACCGCACCAGCUAGAGCACCAGUAAACGAUUUCAAUUUUAUAAAAUGUUUAAUACUAUAUGAAAAAGAACAUUCUAAAAUUUCAAAAGCGGCUUUAACAAAAAUUAGUAAUCAUUUAUGGUACUUAACAGAAGAGACUGCAGCAUUAGCUUUCUUUGAUGACACAUUAUCAAACGAAAUCAAAAGAUUAAUGGUACAAUCGCUUAACAAUGAUGGAAUUGUCCAACCAACUAAGCGUCUUAUUGUUUCAUUUCAAGAUCUUAGCGAAACUUUUUCAGAAAAAACACUGGCCUCUUUUAUAUCUAAAAACAGUAUGCAAUUUUUUUCUCGAUUUGGUAUUAAUACAGAUUUUCUUAAUGAUGAUCCGAACAUAUGGGGCACUCAAAUUAAUUAAUUACACGGGAAAGAAAUUGUAUGCUCGCUUAAUGUAGUAAAUGAUACAGCGGAAAGAGCAGUUAAAUUAAUGAAAGAUUUCCACGGAAGUUUAACCAAAGAUGAUAAGAAGUCUGAAUUGUUGUUACAAUGUAUCCAAGAACACAGAAGACUAU